AUGAGUCUACAGUGCUAUUUCAAGAGACUUGCUUCGGAGAAGGGAGCGGCGUCAAUUAUCUUAAUUUCCGACAAUGCAAGGUCGCCAGAUAACUCUGUCCGACGGAGCUCGCCUCGUCCACAAUUGGAUGAACCGCAUCGGGAAGGAGUGUUCCCAUCGUCCUCACUGGCGUUCCACGACGAGACUGGAGCUGAGUCCAAUCCAUAUGCCAAGUGCAGUGACAGUGAAAGAAGUCGUUUCAAGGUCGAAACGGCUGAACAUGAUGUCGACGAGACUUUUACCACCUACACCGGUGACGGCAGCAUUGCAAGCUUUUCUGAUGACAAUAAAGGAGUUAUCUCUCCAAUGAGACUGAGAAUCUCAUCCACAGCGAUGACACUGCAAGCUUCGACUGAAGAUGUCUUGGCAGUAAUCCUGGAAGCUGUGCCAUCAUCCUCAAAGCCUGUCUACUCAUCAAGGUGUGAUUGUUCACUUACAAGAUUCCCAGUGCGACAAGCGAAUUCUGAUGAAUGUUGCCUGCAAACUACUAGGCACAGUCUGCCUGAUACAAUAAAAAGGCCGAGGAGAAGACACCACUCUGAUGAAAGGGAGAAACGAUCUGACCCAUUUUCGAAGCGCACAAAAGACGAGAGUGCUUUAUCUUUGUCGCCUGCGCAGACCAUCAUCAUGCACGGCUUGCUCCACCAACUGAACCUGGGACCCUAA